AUGUCCUCGCAGCCCUCAGGCGAGAUGCCUUCCCAGGGUCCUCCCUAUCUCCCCAAGACAGCUGGUCUCGGCGGCAGACCUACGCCCAGCGUCGACGAUCCCAUCUGUGCUGUUAUUUUGGCUUUCUUCGUCGGCGGUGCCAUCCUCAACAUGACUAUCUUUCAGCUGAACAAAAAGCGAUCCCACAAAUUCGUCCUCAGCGGUUUACUGUUCGGCUUUUGCAUGGCCCGUAUCACCGCCAACGUGUUGAGAAUCGCAUGGGCUUCGAACCCGCAUGACACCAGUCUUGCUAUCGCUGCCCAAGUGUUUGCAAACGCUGGUGUUGUGCUCUUGUUCGUUGUGAAUCUGAUCUUCGCCCAGCGCAUCUUGAGGGCGUAUCAUCCACAAAUUGGAUGGAGCAAACUUGCUUCGCUGGGGUUCAAGUUUUUGUACUUCAGCAUCCUUGCAAGUCUUGUGAUGCUAAUUACAGCUGUGGUGUAUAACUUCUACACCUUGAACCCACAUACGAAGCAGCAACUUCGCGACGUUCAACUCACCGGCAGCACGUUUCUCGCCAUUCUCGCGUUUCUGCCAUUGCCCAUUGUCGGAGCUUGCUUCAUUAUCCCCCGACGAGCACCAAUGGACAAAUUCGGACAGGGCCGUAUGCGGACAAAAAUCCAGCUUCUUAUCUUCACAACUACACUGCUUUCCCUCGGUGCUGCUUUUAGAACUGGCGUAUCCUUCAAGCUGCGGCCCGCGAACGAUCCAGCUUGGUAUCACAGCAAAGCAUGUUACUACUGCUUCAACUACGUCAUCGAGAUCAUCGUCAUCUUCUCCUACGCUCUCUCGCGAUUCGAUCGACGUUUCCACAUCCCCGACGGUAGCCAUGCCCCUGGUGAUUACUCUGGUCGCAAUACAAAGACCCAAGAUCGUAUGUACCGUGUUAAUACUGAAGAGGAAGUUUUUGGCGAUGACGAGCGACCACGAACAGCGGAGCAGCGCCAACAGCAGCAGCAAAACUGGGAGGCAGGUCUAAAGGAGGAGCUCAAGGAAGAGACCGUUUGA